AUGAACCACAUCUCCAUUUCCCUGGUCACUGAGCCGAUCUGGGAGAAAUUUGAUGCGAUCGGCACUGAGAUGAUUAUUAAUAAAGUUGGGAGAAAAAUGUUUCCCAAGCUGGAGUACGCCUUCAAGGGACUGCAUCCAGACGGUCGGUACAAGAUUACGCUGAAGUUGGUGCGGGUCGAUGAGAAUCGAUGGAAAUACUGUGGUCGUUGGAUGCCUGCUAGCAGGGGUGAGCAGUUUCCGAUGGAAACGAUCGCUUUACCGUAUGGUGAAAGGGAAGAUCGUUUCUAUAUCGGCAGUGAUUUGAUGAAAGAAGUGCUCGUUUUCGACGGCUUCAAGAUGACAAACAACAACGAGCAGGCCAAGGGCAGGCUGGAUAUGUUCCACGUCCUCUCCAUGCACAAAUACGUCCCAGUAUUGACGAUCCAGCAGCAACAAGACUAUCCGAAUGUACUUGUUCCGGUCGCUGUGUACCGUAACCCAAAGACGACGUUCAUCGCGGUGACCUGCUACCAGAAUGAUGAGGUCACGAAGAUGAAGGUGUCGCAGAACCCAUUUGCCAAGGGCUUUCGGGAUAAGAGCGGAAGGAAGCGGGCUUCGUACUCUCCUAGUACAGAAGACGGCCAGAGCCCUGCAAAAUUUAGUAAUACUUCAUCUGAAGAUGCGGGCUUACAUGCGGAGGCAAUGGGUUGCUUCGUGGACAAGGCUGCUCAGAUGGAUCCAGGCUUGAACCAUCGAAAAGAUUCUUAUUAUCCUAGGCUCUACGAGAUUUUGUGCGGCAAUCUAAAUGAAAUAACAGCCAGCUGCAGAUGUUCUCAGCAUUUGGCAACUAGAAUCCUGCACGAGCGCUGCAAUGGAAAGACGUUAAAUGAAAAAUACAUUACUUUCUACAUGUGCUUUCCAACAGAUCAUAAUCCAGAAUUGGAUAAAUGCGAAAAAAACCGGUCGGAUAGUUGUAGCGGUCUGGUCGAAACCCUGAAAUGCAAAGCAGCAGUCUAUGGGAUGCAGUGUCGAAAUGGCGCUGAGGCUUUUCGAGAUGUAGUUUAUCGCAGGGCGUAUUACAACAUUUACGACUGGGACGAGUGCCAGAACGACGUUAUCUAUGCCUUAAUGCCAGAAUAUGCAUCGAAGACGUUUGGGACGGCUUUUGGAGUGAUGAUCUGCGUGUGUAUGUUGAUCGUCGUUGGCAUGGGGGCCAUUAUAUACCCAAGAAAACGCACGGCUGCUGCUGAUUAUCACCAGGACGUUGCCAUCAAUAAUGAGGAUCCG